AUGUUCUGUCCAAGCGCGGCCCCAAUCUCGUCGGGGUUCUUGUUCUUCAACGCGGCCUCCUCCCCGAACCUCCCCUCAUCAAGUUUCGGCAACUCCCCCUCUCCCCGCGUUCCCUCUCGCACCGGUCCCUCUCCCCGCAUUCCCUCUCCCACCGUUUCCUCUCGCACCGGUCCCUCUCCCCGCGUUCCCUCUCCCACCGUUUCCUCUCGCACCGGUCCCUCUCCCCGCGUUCCCUCUUCCCGCGUUCCCUCUCGCACCGGACCCUCUCCCCGCGUUCCCGCUCGCACCAGCCCCUCUCCCCGCAUCCCCUCUCUCAACAGUCCCUCUACCCGCGUUCCCUGCGUGCACCUGGGGUUGCCUACCUCUACCGGUCGCGUUCGCAGCAGUUGGUUGCGCGGGGGUGCUGAUGUGGACGUCCGGGUUCCCUGGCAACAGUGA